AAAACAAAAAUUAAAGGUGGGAAGGGCAAUGUAUUGGGUCGGUUUACGCAUAAACCCAAUUAUUAAUUAAAGCCCACAAGAAGUCCGGUGGAGUCUGAAUCGCGUCUGCUUUCCGUUGUCAGUUUCACUUUGCUUGCUUUCCCGCCGAUUCGCUCAUAAUCCCAUCCAACGGCAGCAACGAACCAAGUAUUGGGCAAAUAUUUUAUCUUUUUCUGUUUGUUUCUCAGGAAAGAAGAUUGGAUUUUCUCGCCGUAUAACUGAUUUCCUAUGCGUCAAAUGACAUAGUCGCAAUGUUCUUCGACGGCUUAAUCCAACGGAGACUAGCGUCUCUGCUGCAGCCAUGGCUUCGACAAGAGCCGGAACUGGAACUAAAGUUAGGGUUUAUCAAUUCUCACGUGGUGGCGAAGAAUCUGCGUUUUGAUAUUUCGGUUCUUAACCAGCUUAUAGACGAAGAUACUGGAUUGUUCUUCAAAGACUUAACUGUAGAACACCUUGGCGUCCGAUUCUCCAACUGGUCUGUCCCGGCCUUUUCAUUCGAAGUUCAUGGCGUCCAUGUGAUACUAUCAGUUUGUGAAUUGGAGGAGAGAAAUUCGAGACGAGUUCGAAAGUCGAAGGAUACAUUUAUGGAAGACAUUAAGAAGAAGCUUGAAGUGAUCGAUCCUGAGGGUAGUGCUCUGCAUGGCAUGCUUGAAAAGAUCAUGGUCACUACUCCAAGAAAGAGAUUGAAAACAGCUUUCUUGAAUCUUAUGUUCAAUCAUUGUCGGCUACAAAUACAUAAUAUCAAUAUCCAAGUGGAGAUUCCCAUCUCAAAUGACUCUUGUGCUUAUAUGUUGGAUCUACAAGAGCUUAAUGUAGGAUCCCGGUAUUUGGUACGUGGAUGUCUCCUUAGAGGGAUUUUUUGUGUACCUUUUCUACCUCUGAAAGAGAGCUCUUAUUUUAUCAAUGGCAAUGAUUUUGAUAUCAGUUUUAAGAGGGGAGGUCAGGUCACGUCCAUUUUGACCUUGAUACAUUUGUUCACUUGCAUCACAUUGAAAGAAUUUCAGCUUGUAGACAUUAAUCUUCGGCUUCCAGAAUUAAGCAUCUCAUUUUCUCCUGCUGAUAUUUCUAUGCUUUUAGCAUUUGUUGACGUAUCCUCUAAAGGAUCUAAGCAUACUAGAAGUGGUAGACACCUAUGGAAACUAGCUGCAAGCAGAAUUGGCCUUGUGAUCUCAGCCCCCAGAUUGAUGUUGCAUAAAUCAGUUUUUAUUGUAAGGUUGUGGUUGCAUUAUGUCAGUGCAUACGAGUAUCUACUACUACUAAUUGGCUAUUCUGCUGACCACCUACUGAAAAAAUCUGCUACAAAGAUGUCUCGGGACAAAAUGUUUUUGAGUUCUGUCAUACACCAAUGGGUGGUGAUCUCUGAUAUUGAGAAAGAGCUUCCAGUUGAAUCUAUUGCACAAGCACGCCGAAUUGCUAGGUACAGGGCAGCAUUGAAUGUUCAAUCUGCCAAUUUCAAUGAAUUAUUUGUUAAUACUCGCUUUAAUUUUAUAUGCAAUAUCCUCCUACCACUAGCAUUUAUAUGGAAAGUAAUAUAUAAACUGUUCCAUAUAGUUGUAUCCAUUUUAUUUUUGAGAAACAUAUUGGCCAAAGAGCCAAAAAAUGAGUACUUGGAAAUCAUAAACGAUGAUCCGUAUCCACAUUUUUGCUUCAUUUUGAAUAUUGGAAGAAUUCUAGUCACCAUUUCUUAUACAAAUGAAAAUAGACUUUCUGCCACUGAAAAACUUGAAUCACAUACUGGAAUCCCGUGCUUGGAUUUAGUUUCAUUUUCUCUUUUAAUUGAUGCACUACUAUUAAAGUACGCACAGGACAUCCGUGAACAAUCUUUGAUGGUCUCCUGUGGGCAAUUGAAGGCUAAAUCCUCACCCUUUAAGGGCUCUCCCGUGACUCAAAGUGAUUCUAAAGAAAUACUUAGUUCUGUGGAAGGACAUUGGAAGGAAAGUAAUCAUUACAAAAAAGUUAUGUGGUGUGAGCCUGCACUAGUAUUUCCUCUUUCAGAGUCUAGUAAUACCAAUGCCAGAGGUGCUUGUGGCUCGUUUCUGGAAAGUCUUCUUGGUCUAAUGUGGUUCGAUUGGAAAAGAGCUUGCAUGAAAUUUGGAAAUAGUGAGAUCCAGUAUUCUGAAAACCCUUGCUUUCUAUGUGAAAUUAAAAGCUCUUUUACAUAUUCAGAUCUCAAGAACUCAAAUUCUGGGUUUUGGAAAUGCUAUUUGACUCUAGGAAAGUUGAAUUUUUCUUUGGGAUGUUCGUCGAUACUCUCAAUAUCUUUGCUCGUUAGGCAGAUACAACAUGCUCUUUGCAGGACUGGGGACAAUGGGAGAUCAAGGAUUCGUUCACAUUCUCCAACAAUUAAGAGUCCUCCAGAAAUCAGUUUGGAAUCUAAAUAUAAGUGCUAUGCUAGUAGCUUGAAGAUGACAUUGCUUAGGAUGCUUCCAGAGAAACACAUUCAACUUGGAGUAUUUAUGGCUGGUCCUCACGUCAAUUUGUUAGUAGGAGAGGAUUUCAAUGAUGCCAAUAAAGACACAGGUCAUAUUGUUAGUCAUGAUAACGUGUACCUUGCUUUUGAUGUUCAAAACAUUGAAGUUGCAGUUUGGCCAGCUUUAGCAUUUGAUCCAGCAUCGUAUGUUGGCUCCAGAGGACCUGACAAUGCAGAUCCGGAUUGUAUUGGAUUUAAACAGCCUCAGAUAAUUGACAUUCCUAAAUUGGAUAAUGAAAAAUAUUUAUCUCAGAGCAGCAUUUUGCUGGAUUCUUAUUUUCGGAUUAGUGGUUUAAAUGCUUACCUGGAGAGCUUGGCCAAAAAACAACAAAGUGAAGUUUUUGUGUUGAAACCAAUAACUGUUCAGUUGUCAUCCUUAAGGGAGUAUGUUCAUUCAUUUACCUCAAAUAUCAUUACUUUCUCAGCAGAUUUGAGUGGGUCAGCUACAGGAUUCACUAUUUUGUCAUGUAUGGACGAGUUUUAUGUUCUCUAUCAGGUGCUUGAAAAUUUAUUUUCUGCAGUAUCAUAUGUGUUUAGCAGCUUUGAUUUUAUUGGCAUUAUACCCUCGGAAAUUAUGAGACUAGAAUUCGCUAUUGCUGAAUCUGAGAAUGAAAAGACAAUUGUAGAAAGGACUCCUUCAAUUUGUAACAGCACUUUCUUUUUGAUUGAUGUGGCCUUCAAGAUUAAGUCGGUGGAUAUAAUUCUUCACAAGUCUAGUAUAAUUGAUAAUUUGGGGAGUUCUGUUAAAGUUAGUCAUGCUUUAACUGGCAAAAAAUUGGCUGAUCAUGAUUUGCUUGAUUGUGGAAUUUGCAUUUCCAUUCAGCAGACAAGUUUCAAUAUAUCUUGUGAAGAAGGGAAGCUGGAGGUUUUUGCUGAUAUUUCAGAAGCUCAGUGCAUUAUAUUUAGAUAUGGAAAUCAAAAAGGAAAAACUACUGAUAACUCUUUACUUUUAGAUCAGCUAUUGCAGUCUCUUAAUUGCUUAUAUGAAAUAUCUCUCACAAGUUGUAAGUCUACUUUGUCUUUGCUGCUCCCUCAAGGUGCCUCAUCUUUGGGUAGUCUGACCAACAAACUUGGCGAUUCUACUUCUGGGGGUAAUAAAUCAUGCCGGGAUAAUUUCUCAUGCACAACUGAUUCUGAAAGUUUAAGUGGUCAGAGUAGCUUUGUUCAGGAAAUAGGAGUUGCUCCAAAUAUUGUAGCACCAAUCUCAAGUCAUUGGUUACAUGUCAAUGUAAUACUGAAUGUGAUAUAUAUGGGAAGGUGCUCAGUCAAGAAUACAGUUGUUGGAGCACGUGACUCAAAUAAGCUUUUGUCAUCACUUUCUGUGGGGGGUGAACUUCAGGCAAUAUCUUGGGAGAUUCAGGGUGGUUUUAUGUUCCUUGAAACAACAGCUCUGGAAACUUUCAUCCGUUGUUUUGCUGCAUAUCAGUAUUACCUCUCAAAUAUUUUGUCUACUGUACAAUUGUUUAAUGGAAACUUUGAAAGGACUGAACAUGACGUGGAUAUGGCUGGAUUAAAUGAUCAGUGUGUUGAAGGGUAUGUACAAGAGACUCCUGAUGCACCUCCACAGGCCAAGAGAGAACAUAUGGAAGCUUUUACUUUAUAUGUUUCUCAGUUUUCUAUUGCUCUUUUAAUUGAAGAUGAAAAAGGUGGUGUUCGUGAAUUUAUGAUUGAAAUUGAUGUCCGUUUGAACUUUGAAAUUGAAAAUAUGAGAAGGAAAUAUGUAUUUGACCUUUCACGCUUUUCAAUUUGUUCUCAAGUUCUUCAAGAAAGCACUGAUAAUGAAUUCCAAAUUCCUCAUUUUUCUUCCAUCACAUCAACUGAUUUGUCAACAACACAUGUUGAAUCUGGAGAUCCUUCACCAAGACCUCAGUAUAGGAAUGUGAUUUGUCCACUUGAUAAUCCGAGUUGCUCAAGAGAUUCUAAAUUACAACAAGAAUUUUAUGCAAAGAAUUGUAGACCUGAGGUCUCCAAUUUAAGGCAUCAGAAGCAUAUCUUGAAACAUUUGGCUGCAUUCAUAUCAGUUGAGAGGCCUAUAAAUGGUCCUUUGUCUAUAAAUCAUGCUUGGGAUGGGAAUGGUUCUUUCUCAGGAUUUGAUAUCACAUUAUCUCUUUCUGAAAUAAAGAUGAUUAUAUUUACUGUUUCUUCCUUCUCUGAUGUAUUUGGCAAGACGACAACAAGUGAACAGAACAAAAGGCUCUUGUCCGGUAACCAGGAAUCUGAUAGUAGUGUGGGGGCAGUGGUUCCUAAUGGAUCAAUUGUCGCAAUUAAGGAUGUCCACCAACAUAUGUACUUUGCAAUUGAUGGUGAAGAAAACAAGUAUAGUUUAGCAGGUGCAGCUCAUUAUUCUUUAGUGGGAGAAAGGGCUCUUUUCAGGGUCAAGUACCAAACUCAAAGAAGAUGGAAGUCAUCAAUUUUGUGGUUCUCCUUGAUAUCAUUGCAUGCAAAGAAUGAUUCAGGGGAAUCAUGCCGUUUAAACUAUCGUCCAGGAUCAGGUUUUGUUGAUAUCUCAAGCACUGAUGACAGUGGGGGUGCUCUUUGGAGAACAAUUUCUUGUGACCCUGAAAGUCAUGAGGGUGAUAUUGACUGGGAGCCGUACAAUCAAUCAGUUAAAAAGACCUUUUACCUUGUAAACAAAAAGAAUGACUGUGCUGUUGCUUUUGGUGAUGGGCUUCCAGAGUUUGUUAGGAAGCCUGGAAAUCCAUUUAAGUUCAAAGUGUUCCAGGAUAUUUCUGUAGCCCGUGAAGCUAUAAAGAUAGAUAGCUUCCCUUUGGACAGUUCUGGAACUCGUUUAAAAGAUAAUAAAUUCAUGGAUAAAAGAAAAACUUCUGGACCAGUUGGACAUCUCCCCUGCAUUUUUAUUUCCUUGGACCAGAUUUCCUUGACUAUUGUUCAUGAACUUUCAGAGUCGGAAGACAUGCGCCCUCUCCUCCGUGGUUGCAUCAAUAAUACCCAACUUAUUAUACAAAUGCUCUCUCUGAAGACCAGGGUUAUCAACACGUCAAGGGCUGUGUUAUAUCACUUUGAUUCCCAAAUUAACUCAUGGAGAGAACUUCUUCACCCGGUUGAAAUCUGCCUUUAUUAUCGUUCUACCUUAGAAGUUGUUUUGCAUGGGGUACCUGUUCAUAUCCAUUGCAGAACUAAGGAGUUGAACAUAUCCCUUUCUGAGCUCUCUUUGGACACACUUCUCUUUGUAAUUGGGAAUCUAAACUUAGCUGGUCCUUAUUCAUUGAAGAGCUCCAUGAUACUGGCCAAUUGUUGCAAGGUGGAGAACCAGUCAGGCUUACACCUUCUUUGUAACUUCUUCAAUAACCAAAGUAUAAAAGUGGCCAGAAAUCAGUCUACUUCAUUGUUUUUAAGGUACAUGGACACAGCAAAUCAACCUUCUGAAAUUGCAUCAAUUGUUUCUCUGCAACUUGCUAUUCUUGGAUCUUUAAUAACUUCUCCGAUUCAACUCUCUCUUUUGGAAGCUCAAACACUUGCUUGGAAAACACGUAUAAUGUCACUUCAAGAUUCAAGAGAUUACCCGGGGCCAUUUCUUGUGGUUGAUGUUUCAAGGGAAUCUGAGGAUGGUCUCUCAAUUGUUGUUUCUCCUUUAGUAAGGAUACACAAUGAAACUGGAUUCCCUAUGGAGCUACGAUUUCGACGUCCUCAACAAAAGGAUGAUUUUGCUUCUCUAGUGCUAAAAUCAGGGGAUACGAUUGAUGAUUCCAUGGCCAUGUUUGAUGCCAUACAUUUGUCUGGUGGAUUAAAGAAGGCAUUGACAUCUUUGAGUCUUGGUAACUUCUUAUUAUCUUUUAGACCUGAUAUGACAGAUGGCUUGAUGAACUCCAAGAAUUCAUUUUCAGUGGAAUGGUCAGAGGAUCUUAAAGGGGAAAAGGCAGUUCGUCUCUCUGGAAUCUUUGAUAAAUUAAGUUACAAAGUACGAAAGGCUUUAUUUGUCAAACCAAUAAAAUGUUCCUUAAGCACUGCACAAUGUACCCUCAAAUCUGAAGGCGCUUAUGUUGCCAAUAUGCAUUUUCUUAUUCAAAGCAUUGAGAGGUCUGUACCUGUUGUUCAACAUAAUAAGUCCAGAGAGGGGUCGGAACAUAGUAACUCACCAGCAGCAUUAUGGCAGCAAAAGGAAAUUUUUCUUCUUCCUACUGUACGGGUGUCCAAUUUAUUGCAGUUGGAGAUACAUGUACUUUUAAGUGAAACUGGUCUUUGUUCCGGUAUUGGCUGUGAGAACAUGGGGAACCAGGCGAAAAUACCAUGUGGUUCAACAGCGGAUUUAUAUGCUAAUCCAUCAAUAAUUUAUUUUACUGUUACCUUAACUGCUCAUAGUUCAAGCUGCAAACCAGUGAACAGUGGUGAUUGGGUCAAGAAAUUAUUGAAGCAGAAAGGUGAUGUCCAUUUUUUGGACAUUGAUUUGGAGUUUGGUGGUGGAAGCUAUUUUGCUUGCUUGAGAUUGUCACGUGGGCAGAAGGGUGUAUUAGAGGCUGCUGUCUUUACACCAUAUUCCCUGAAAAAUGAUACAGAAUUUUCCCUUUGUUUCUUUGCACCAAACAGGAAGCCUCUACCUAGGCAUGAAACAGAGAAGUUAGGUUCUGUCACUCCUCCAGAGUUGGGUUUACUUUUGCCUCCAAAUUCUAUGGGAUCUUGGUUCUUGAAAUCCAACAAGGUGUGCAUCAAGUUGUUAGGGGAUAAUGCAUGUGAAGCGCAGUUGGACUUGGAUGCCUUAACGGGUCUUACAGAGAUAAGCUUGGAGAUGGAGGAAGUUUUUGGGUUCAAAUCUUUUACAAAGCUUGGGGUUUAUGUCGGGGGCCUACCAUUGAGCAAAGUGGUUGUGCCAUCACAAUUAGUAACUAUGGUCCCACGAUAUGUUUUGGUGAACGAAUCAGAAGAAACCAUCAUUGUUCGGCAAUGUUAUCUGCAGAAGGAUGAUAUGGGCGGCAUUAUAACCAUUAAGAGUAAACACAGAACAACGCUACAGCUGUGGAAUGGAUUGAACAACAGGAGAGAAUUUAGUUUGUUUGAGAAGUUUAUAACAAAGCACAGAAAAGCUAAUGAUGAUGCACACAUAUAUAUACAGUUUUCUCCAAAUGAGUCAGAAUUAGGUUGGUCAGGGCCAGUAUGCAUUGCAUCUUUAGGACGCUUCUUCCUCAAAUUCAAAAGGCAGCAAUCAGAAGUAGAACAAAGUAUACCAGCUUUUGCUUCUGUCCAUAUUGUGGAAGAAGGUUCUACACUUGUUUUGCACUACCAUAGACCUCCACAUAUCAAGCUACCAUAUCGGAUUGAGAAUUGCUUGCGUGAUGUAUCUAUAACUUUCUACCAAAAGGAUUCAUCAGAGCCAGAGGUUCUUGGAUCUGAAAGUAGUAUUGAUUAUGUCUGGGAUGAUGUGACUCUUCCACAUAAAUUGGUUGUCCGAAUCAAUGACAGCCUUCUACUACGUGAGAUUAACUUAGAUAAGGUGCGGGGAUGGAAGCCUUUCUACAAGCUCAGGCAGAAUAAAACCUUGGCAUCCCAUUUUCUUUUGGAUAAAAGAUCAGAAGAGCAGACAACUAAUUUUGGUGAAUUCAAUGGCUUGGAGAUGGUACAGAUAGGGUAUGAAGUAUAUGCAGAUGGUCCCACCCGGAUUUUACGAAUUUGUGAAAUCUCUAAAAGCCACAAAAGAGAGAAUGUAUUUCAGUCAUGUGAAAAGAUUCGACUGAGAGUUCCCCAGUUUACAAUUCACCUAUUUGAACGGGGAAAGCAGGACGGAAAUGAGAGAGAACCAUCAGUUUAUACACCAAUCAUUGCUGCAAGAAUGGGGAACAUUAAUGUGGAUUCUUUGUCUACUGAUCAGCUCAAAUAUAACCAGAUUAACUUACAGUCGCUGAGUGUGGAGCACAAAUGGAUUGGAGCUCCUUUUGCUGCAAUGCUUCGUAGGCAUGAACUAGAAUAUAAAGAAUCAAAUGAAUGUGUACUCAAAAUUGUCUUUGUUCUGCUUUCAACCAGUUCUGAUGUUAUACAGGUCGAAUACUCAUCUGUUGCUCUGCAGCCAAUUGAUUUGAACCUUGAUGAGGAAACUUUAAUGAGAAUUGUCCCAUUUUGGCGUACAUCUCUUAGUGACACAAAUACUAAGAGUCGGCAGUUUUACUUUGAUCAUUUUGAGAUCCAGCCAGUAAAGAUUAUUGCAAACUUUCUUCCUGGGGAAUCAUAUGCAAGUUAUAGCUCAGCCCAGGAGACACUAAGGUCAUUAUUGCACAGUGUCAUAAAGGUGCCUCCAAUACAAAACAUGGUUGUUGAGCUGAAUGGGGUCCUAGUCACUCAUGCACUGAUUACAAUGCGAGAACUGCUUAUCAGAUGUGCACGGCACUAUUCAUGGUAUACCAUGAGGGCUAUCUACAUUGCAAAAGGAAGCCCAUUGCUUCCCCCAGAUUUUGUCUCCAUCUUUGAUGACUUGGCUUCAUCCUCUCUCGAUGUAUUCUUUGAUCCCUCCCGUGGGCUGAUGAAUCUUCCAGGUGUCACUAUAGGUACUUUCAAAUUACUCAGCAAAUGUAUUGGUGGUAAGGGAUUCUCAGGGACAAAGCGCUACUUUGGUGAUCUACAAAAAUCUUUGAAAACAGCAGGGUCUAAUGUGCUUUAUGCUGCCAUCACCGAGAUAUCAGACUCUGUUCUGAAGGGGGCAGAAGCAAGUGGUUUAAAUGGAAUGGUGAUUGGCUUUCACCAAGGAAUACUUAAAUUGGCUAUGGAGCCAUCCCUACUGGGUACUGCUUUGAUGGAAGGUGGCCCUAAUAGAAAGAUUAAGCUUGAUCGAAGCCCUGGGAUUAAUGAGUUGUACAUUGAAGGAUACCUGCAAGCAAUGUUGGACACACUGUACAGACAAGAAUAUCUUAGAGUCAGAGUCAUUGACAAUCAGGUUUACCUCAAAAACCUACCUCCAAAUAGUACCCUUAUAAAUGAGAUUAUGGAUCAUGUGAAGGCUUUCCUUGUGAGCAAAGCACUGUUGAAAGGAGACCCUUCCACGACUUCCCACUCCUUGCGUCAUCUUCGGGGAGAAAGUGAGUGGAGACUUGGACCAACUCUGCUGACAUUAUGUGAGCACCUUUUUGUAAGUUUUGCAAUCCGCAUGCUUAGAAAGCAAUCUAACAAGUUUAUAGGCGGCAUCAAGUGGAAGAAAGAUUCAGAUGGCAACGAUCAUAAAGCACUUAUCCCCGCUGGAGAGAAAAAGGUUAAGUUUAUUUGGAGAUGGGGCAUCGGCAAGUUUAUGUUAUCAGGCAUUCUAGCAUACGUUGAUGGACGCCUUUGUCGCUCUAUUCCUCAUCCUGUAGCUCGACGUAUAGUGAGUGGUUUUUUGUUGAGUUUUCUUGAUAAAAGUAACGAUGAGUGAAACCUUUUUUCUUUCUUUGGCCGUGAUGUAUAUAAUUGUUUAUUUUGAUGUAAAUAAUAUAACAUAUCAAAUAACACUA